UCAUGUUAUGGUUCACGUUUGACUACUAGAUUAUUGGCAGGCAGACACUGCGAUUUUAGACCAGCACCACACCACUCAUCUUUGCCUAUAUGAACCCACCAUUCCGUCCUCUGUAACCUCAAAUCUUCACAAGCUGCUCCCAAAACUAUCGAACAGAUUCUUUAGCAUAAAAAAUAGUCAUGGGGGUAAUAUGUUUAUUGCUGUCCAUGGUUCUUUUGGUCCUAGCACUAGCUAUUAGCAUCUUUGCUUUCAAGCACUCAUCCCACAGUGCCAAGAACCUGCCACCAGGGAGCUUAGGGUGGCCUAUCUUCGGCGAAACGCUUGAUUUCUUGUUUGGUAAGCCUGAAAAGUUUGUUUCCGACAGGAUGAAAAGGUACUCUUCUGAUAUCUUCAAGACUAAGAUUCUUGGAGAGGAGACUGCUGUCAUAUGUGGCCCCAGGGGACACAAAUUCCUUUUCUCCAAUGAGCUGAAGCUCUUCACUGCCUUUCGACCUCAUGCGAUGCAAAAGAUUUUUCGUUCCUAUCAAGCUGCUGCUCCUGCUCAAAUUCCACGCGAAGCUGAGUCGAAAAUAUUAAGGUCGCCAGGGUUCUUGAAGCCUGAGGCAUUGGUCAGGUACUUGGGGAAAAUGGACUCUAUCACACAGCUGCAUAUGCAGACUUACUGGGAAGGAAAGGAUGAAGUCAAGGCCUUUGCUCUUGCUAAGACGCUGACUCUGUCUCUUGCGUGUCGCUUUUUCUUGGGCUCGGAUGAUCCUGAACGUAUAGCUAGGCUUGUCAGCAAUUUCGAUGAUAUGACCUUGGGGAUGCAUUCCAUUCCUUUAAAUGUCUAUGGAACAACUUUUUACAGAGCUAACAAGGCUGCAGCUGCAAUCCGCAAGGAACUACGAAUAAUAAUCGAUGAGAAAAGGGCUGCUAUGUCCAAAGGAACACAGGUGCAGGAUAUACUAAGCCACAUGAUCUUGGCCACCGACCCUUCAGGCAAACACAUGGCAGAGGCUGAAAUUGCUGACAAGAUCAUGGGUUUACUAGUUGCAGGAUAUAGUACAGUGGCUACUGCUAUGACUUUCUUUAUGAAAAAUGUUGGAGAGAGGCCUGAUAUUUAUGCUAAGAUCCUAGCUGAGCAAAUAGAGGUUGCGGCAGAUAAAAAGGCUGGAGAGCUGCUAGGUUGGGAUGACAUUCAGAAGAUGAAAUACUCAUGGAAUGUAAUGUAUGAAGUGAUGAGGCUCACACCCCCACUCCAGGGAACUUUCAGAGAAGCCCUAACUGACUUUACUUAUGCAGGAUACACCAUUCCAAAGGGAUGGAAAAUAUACUGGUCUGUUAGCACAACAAACAAGGAUCCACAGUACUUCCCAGAUCCUGAGAAAUUUGACCCAUCGAGAUACGACGAUGAAAAGGCUUUUCCUCCGUUCACAUUUGUGCCUUUUGGAGGUGGCCCUAGAAUGUGCCCUGGAAAAGAGUAUGCUCGACUAGCUAUUCUGACUUUUGUUCACAAUGUCGUGAAGAGGUUCAGGUGGGAGGUAGCAUUUCCUGCGGAAAAGAUCGCUGGUGACAUGAUGCCGACCCCUGAAAAGGGACUUCCAAUUCGCCUUCAGUCACGCCAAGCCGACAGGCUGGCUUCCUUUUAACCAUUACCUUUCUCUACUGUCAAGAUUGUAGCUUUCCACCCAUAGACCAUGUCACCUUCUUAGUUUCUCGCAAGACCCUGACUCCAGCACCAUUGAGUUUAUAGAAGGGGUUUGGAAGUGUG